AAGAAGGAGAAAAAGUUCCUGCUACGUCAUCACGUAGGACGAACCAGGACCUAUAUGUGUCUGCAUUAAUGCGGAGUAGAAGGGUACCUUUACCCGUGCUGUCUGCUAUGUCGGCACUCAUACCGACCGUGGAAGGCUGUCCUCCUCUCACUCCGCUGUUCACAUUCGGAGUGAUAGCAGACAUUCAGUACGCGGAUCUAGAGGACGGGUUCAACUACAGCCGGACGCGGAGGCGUUUCUACCGGAGCAGCCUACAGCUGCUGAAGAACGCCCAGAGGAGCUGGGCAGAGUCCGCUGUCAGACCCGACUUUAUCCUCCAGCUGGGAGACAUUAUCGACGGCUUCAACAAGGGCCCCGGUGCGUCUGAGCGGGCCCUGGACACCGUGCUGAGGGAGUUCUCCGGGCCCGCGGAGGUACACCAUGUGUGGGGAAACCACGAGUUCUAUAACUUCAGCAGGAGCGCGCUGCUGCGUUCACGGCUCGACAGCAGCGCGCUGCACAGGGACCGGGGCCUGAGUGGGGACAUCUACGCCUACAGCUUCAGCCCGGCCCCAGGGUUCACGUUUGUCGUGCUGGACGCCUAUGAUGUGAGCUUACUGGGCAGGGAGCCGUCUAGUGAGCAGUACGGGCACGCUAUGGAUCUAAUCAAACUCUACAACAACAACGACGACCUGAACUGCCCUCCAGUGUUGGAGGGGCUGCAGCGGAGGUUCACCAUGUUCAACGGGGGCUUCAGUCAGGAGCAGCUGGACUGGCUGCAUGCUCUUUUGACCGUGGCCGAUGACAAAAGAGAAAGAGUUACAAUUGCAAGUCACGUCCCUGUGCACCCCUGCUCCACGGACCCAGUCUGCCUGGCCUGGAACUACGACGAGCUGCUGGCCAUCAUCCGGGCCCACAGCAGCGUGGUGUGCUACAUGGCCGGACACAGCCACGACGGGGGUUACUGUCAGGAUAAAGACACGGGCGUACACCACGUGACAAUAGACGGGGUGAUCGAGACUCCGCCUGACAGCGACGCCUUCAGCACCGUCUCUGUGUAUGCAGACAGGAUGGUGCUGAAAGGGGAGGGGAGGGUUGAGGAUCGAGUAUUUCUGUUCCCAUCAUAAGGAUACAGGUCACACCUCACUGAGGCUGUCAGGAUGUAAUGACAGGGAUUUGUGGACUGGGACAUUUCCAGGGUGUUUAUUAUUCUCUGGGAAUUAUACACAGUUCACUUUUACAAGAAAGACAAUCUCCCGUCUUGUAGUGUUAGGCUUUCCAAGAUUUUCUCAGAGGAAUAAACCUUAACACACUUCAGUCGUGGGAGGGCUGUUACCUACCAUUGGUUUAGUUUUGGUAAAGGCUUUAAAAUGUUAAGUACUGAGCUUUUACAAAGACAGUGUUAACAUGCAGUGUCAUGUCCACUAAACUCAGCAGGGGGAACACCAAUAUUUAUUUAUUAAAUAGUUUUGGUUAUUUAUGAGUGUAUAUCUUAUACACAAGUUUGGGUUUAUUUGGAGAUUAAAUCUUAUUGUUUUUAUAGUUAUACAGAAUUUAGGCAGAAAUUAUUAUUGGUAGCAUAUGCUACCUACUACAUUUUGCACAUAUAGAAAUCUCUGAUUUUAUUAUAGUUAUUUGAUGGGCAUUGUUGUGAAAAUUAGCAUUGUUAAUUUGUUAGUUGAACCCCUUCUUUGACUUUGCAGGUUCUGCUCGCACAUGUGAUGAUAAAUCAUUUGUUAGUAAUUGCAAAUUGCUUUUUUUCUGGAAUAAAAUAAAUGCAAACAUAAAA